AUCCCUUCAUUCUUUAUUCUCACACUUAAAGAAAGUUCCUGCAAAGUGGUCAUCUCCCUCACUAAGUUUACUUUCUCAAUUAAUGGAGUUUUACAAGAAAACUCAAGAUGAGGGGUCAAAACAACUCAAAGAAGAAGGAGAAGAAGCUCUCGGGUUGGGCGUUGGAAUCAUCAAGUUUGAAGAUGAUGUUGAACUUUCUUGGGCAGAAACUUCAGCUGAUUUGGACGAGACUGAUAUAGCUAUGACGAGGGUGACGGGAAUUGCAAAUUACACCAUUGCAUUCGCCUCGUUUCGUCAAAUCUAAGGUAUGUACCCCAUACUCAAAUCUAACGUUAGAUUCCUUAGAAUCGUUCAUAGCAUGUGGUUUCAUUUAUGAUUGUUAUUAUUGCUAUGAAACUUUACAAAUUAUUAUUGCUAGAAAACCAUAAAGGAACACUAAUGACUUGUGUUCGCUUGAACUCAACGUUAAAAAUGAUAUUUAGACCUCAUGAUAACGUCAUUUUUAAGUUAGUGUUUGCAUUUGGUUUUGAUAAUACUACUAAUAAUACUACCAUCAUUCCUAGACUUAAAAAACUUUGUCACCCUAGCACUGUCAUGAGUAGAUUUUUACACCAAAGGUGUGCAUGGGAUAUUCUAAAUUUGUAUGUACAACAUGGAUUAACACAUAUAGAGAGAAUCUUGACUAACAUUAAAGCUAGUUUUAAAUUAAUUUGGGGUAGUUGUCUUCACUCUCAAACAUGAAAGUCUUCCAGUAAAUCUAAAGAUAAAAAACCAACAGCAUUUGUUAAGAAUAUUACGAUUAGAUUGAAUAGUACAUAUAAGUUGAUUGACCAAAGCGUGCGUUAUAAAGAAGAAUUUUUUUUUCAUUUCUCAGGUUUGAACUUAAUCAUUUUAUCAAUUUUAAUAAGCUUUAUGAUUGUAGAAAAAUUGAAAAACGUGUUAGAGGUUUCUAAUAAUGUCACUCUUACUUUCUCAUAUGUUUAUAAACCUACGACAAACAUAUUUUUUUCUUAGUGUAUUACAAUUGCUACAUGUUUUCUUACAAGUUUAUCUAAUCAAAAUUUGUACCCUCAUGUAUAUCUUAUAAAGGAUAAAUGGUGUGCCUCUUAUUUAUAUAUUUAUAAAAUUGGUAUUAUUUGUGAUCCACAGUUUAAGAUUGAGAAUUAUAAAAUUCUUAUUGAGUAUUAUUAUACUCCGUAGUUGUUUUUUAGAUGAAAAUAAUUAUUUUACUGACCAAUUAGUAGAAUGGACAAAAAAGAGAUAAUGCUAUUGAUAUUUUUAAGUCCUUAUUUAAACAAUUUCAAGUUACAUACAGUACUCCCCGAGAAGAAAUUCAAGAAAGAGCAGCUCCUCUUGUCCUAAAGAUAAAUUUUUUUAAAGGGAUUGUCAGUGGCCUCUUGGCGGAAAAAGGUAAGCGUAAUGCUUCGUCGAUGAGUAAAAGUGAUACAAGUGUAAGUUCACACAACAAACUUGUAAUGUACCAAUGCGUUCCAUGUGACUACGACGAAGAUAACGAUACCGAGUUCGAGAUCCUCGAAUGGUAGAAGCGGAAUGAACACAUGUUCCCGUCACUCAGAAUGCUAGCCAGACAAGUGUUAUAUGCCGGUUUCAACCAUAGAUGUGGAGCAAGAGUUCAGUUCUAGCGGUAAUAUUAUAACUGACUACCGAAGCUGUCUUAGCGCUGAAUCAUUUGAGACACUUGUUUGCAACCGAGAUUGUCUCUUGGCAAGGCGUCGAGCGCAAGAGGCGGGCUACAACAUUCAUACACAAAAUUACAUGGAUGUAACCACGGAGGGAAGUAUAAUUAAUUUUUUAUGUGAGCGUUUUAUAAGCUCCUUCGAGGGUUUCUCUACGUUUUUUUAACCGUCAAGAUAAUAAAUGUAGUUGUAAUAU